AACUAGCAAAGGAUAAAGGAUUAUCCUUUGUAUUCACAGUCUUCCAGCCACACAAGCUGCAACCAGCCAUGUUCGCGCUCUCUCGUCUCGCUCGCGCCGCGCGCCCUGCGGCCUCGCACCCAGCCGCUCGCUGCGUGUCGUACGUGGCGCCACCGCGUGUGUCCGCCGACAAGAGCUACCGCUUCGGACUGAAGCUGGACGACGUGAAGCCUGAGAACGAGGACGAGGCGAAGACCCUCGAGCAGCUCAAGGCUGUGCUGAGUCUGCGCAACGCGUCGCAGCACGAGCUCAACAAGGCGCAGGUGGCUACGGCCAUCGAGACGUUCCAGCGCUUCCCGGGCGACACUGGCUCCAGCGAGGUGCAGAUCGCUGUACUCACGCAGAAGAUUCUACGCAGCACGGCCCACGCUCAGGGCCACAAGAAGGACCAUCACUCUCGACGAGGUCUGAUUGCGAUGGUGGAGAAGCGACGGAAGCUGCUCAAGUACUUGCGUCGCAAGGACCUGCACAAGUACCGCGAGGUAGUGGCGGCGCUGGGCCUCCGCUUCACUUAAGGCGGUUAGAAGAAAGUAGGGCAGGUAGGACGGUAGAACGGAACACAAAUACUACUUUGCCGACCAGAGUACUACUUUUUUUU